UCCAGGACCUUCAAGUCAUGAAUAAUCUGAUGGUUCCAGAAUUAACCUGGAAAACAAACAUAUCAAGUGCCAGUUGAAGAGUGUAUCUGUAGAUGUAAACCUUUCUCUACAUAAAUACUUUUCAUAAGAAGACAGGCCUUUUCUGAACAUCAAGAGUUUUGCAACUGAUGAAAAUUAAUCUAACCAUCAGCUGGAACAGCUUCAUACCGCUGGGGACUGGAGUCUAUGGAGAACAGUUCAUCACUAAUGGCAGAUUUUCCUUAUGGUGUUCACAGACGAAGCAAGUUUGCAGAAGAAAAAAAAUUGCACAGAUUGAGCCUCAAGAGUACCUCUCCAAUUUAAGGAACAGACUUUAAACUCUGGACUGAAACUUAGUAACUUACUGUGGCUGUGUCAGAGUGAGGGGACAAAUCUGAAAAGGAAUGAAGGAACAGAUUCCUUUGCUUCUUCAGCUGACUAUUUGAAUUUUUAUUUAUUGUUUAUCUUUUUCUUUUCUGCAUAUAUAUGAUAUUUUAAAAUAUUAAUUGGAACUGUCCAUUACAAAAUAAAUAGCAAAGCUUUUUUUUUGGUCUAAAGGUUUGUGAACAGGCUGGAAUGUGGACAGGAAGGUAUCUUAAAGCUGUUCUAGGGAGAUGGUAGAGGACUGUUGAUACACACCUGGGCGCAUGGUUUAAAGACUUGCGUAUGAGAAGAUUAAUGGACUUAAUUCGAAGAUUGAUUUUUUUCAUUAAGUUACAAGAAUAUAUGAAUUUUAGGAGCAAAAGAGCAGAAAAACAAGUUUAAAGAGAAACAAACUCCUGACUUUUUGUAAGCGAGAAGUAGGAUUAAACUAAGGAAAAUAUUGGGUCUAGCCUCUGCCUCUGCCGAGGGAAGGGGCCUUGCUCCUGUCUCUAUGGCACUGAGGUUUGCUCCAGCCAGUGGAGGAGUCAUUCUAGGGAGUUCCCGUGUUCCUACAGAUACAGGGACAGUCUUUGAGGCAGGAAGCUUCUGAUUUUGAACACUGGGGAAAAGAGUCUUUUUCUUCCUAAAAUUUCGACUGCCGUCUGCAUGAGUUCUGAUCUGAUUUUGCACGUUAGAGUGCCUUUUUCCUUAUGCAGCCUCUCCCAGCUAUACGGCAGACAUUUGUCUAGUUCAGAAAACGCGCCAGAGGCGGGCUUCAGAGGGAAGAUGUUCUUAUGUGUUCAUUCUGUGCAUUUAAACUUUUGAAUAGAAAAUUCCAGCUAGAGGGAUUCUUAUCGCCUUAAGUUACUUGAAAUCCAUGUGUUUGCAUCCCUUUAUCUCUGGAAUCACAUUACAAAAAAAACAAAAAACUGGAAUCUCAGGCUGAGAAUAACCAAGCUGAGUAAAAAGAAAGAAAAGUGAUUCUCCAUCAUCACUUAUUAACAGCUCUUUCUCCAAAGGAUUGGCAUGUUUUUCCCCUAAGAACUUGAAAAUGAAAAUGGACCCCGUGUAUUUUUAGGCAUUACCUUUCUUAGCAGACUGACAUUAUCUUUUAUAGAGGCAUUUUUUCAUUAUGCAUUUGGUGGAUCUUUAUAAAAUACUGACCUAAUUAGACUCUAGAUCAGGUGUAACUAAAGGAGAAACAAACAAAACAAAACAAAAACCAAUAGAGCCCAACCAGAGAAAUAGCCCAAUGAAAGAACUUGGUUUGAAAUUCUCAGUACUUCUUAAGUGAAAUAAUUCAUUGCGGAAAGUAUGUAUGCAGCAGUGGAGCAUGGGCCUGUGCUUUGCAGUGAUUCCAACAUCCUCUGCCUGUCCUGGAAAGGGCGUGUCCCCAAGAGCGAGAAGGAGAAGCCAGUGUGCCGAAGGCGCUACUAUGAAGAAGGGUGGCUGGCCACAGGCAAUGGGCGCGGUGUGGUGGGGGUGACUUUCACCUCUAGUCACUGUCGCAGAGAUAGGAGUACACCACAGAGAAUAAACUUCAACCUGCGAGGCCACAACAGUGAGGUUGUGCUGGUGAGAUGGAAUGAGCCUUACCAGAAACUUGCCACAUGUGACGCAGAUGGAGGAAUAUUUGUGUGGAUUCAGUAUGAAGGCAGGUGGUCUGUGGAACUGGUCAAUGACCGUGGGGCUCAGGUGAGUGAUUUCACAUGGAGCCAUGACGGGACUCAAGCGCUUAUUUCAUAUCGAGAUGGGUUUGUCCUGGUUGGAUCUGUCAGUGGACAAAGGCACUGGUCAUCUGAAAUCAACUUGGAGAGCCAGAUCACAUGUGGUAUAUGGACUCCUGAUGACCAGCAGGUGUUGUUUGGCACAGCAGAUGGGCAGGUGAUCGUCAUGGACUGCCAUGGCAGAAUGCUAGCCCAUGUCCUCCUGCAUGAAUCUGAUGGCAUCCUGAGCAUGUCCUGGAAUUACCCCAUCUUUCUGGUGGAGGACAGCAGUGAGAGCGACACAGACUCAGAUGACUAUUCUCCUCCUCAAGAUGGCCCUGCAGCAUACCCCAUCCCUGUGCAGAACACCAAGCCUCUGCUCACCGUCAGCUUCACUUCGGGAGACAUCAGCUUAAUGAACAACUAUGAUGACUUGUCUCCCACUGUCAUCCGAUCGGGGCUGAAAGAGGUGGUGGCCCAGUGGUGUACACAGGGAGACCUACUGGCCGUUGCUGGGAUGGAGCAGCAGGCCCAGCUGAGUGAGCUGCCCAAUGGUCCUCUUCUGAAGAGUGCCAUGGUCAAGUUCUACAAUGUCAGAGGGGAGCACAUCUUCACGCUGGAUACACUUGUGCAGCGCCCUAUCAUCUCCAUCUGUUGGGGCCAUCGGGAUUCCCGGCUGCUUAUGGCCUCAGGACCAGCCCUGUAUGUGGUCCGUGUAGAGCAUCGAGUGUCCAGCCUCCAGCUGUUGUGCCAGCAGGCCAUCGCCAGCACCCUUCGAGAAGACAAGGACGUCAGCAAACUGACCUUGCCCCCUCGACUCUGUUCCUACCUCUCCACUGCCUUCAUUCCUACUAUCAAGCCCCCGAUUCCAGACCCCAACAACAUGCGAGAUUUUGUCAGCUACCCCUCAGCGGGCAAUGAGCGGCUACACUGCACCAUGAAACGUACAGAGGAUGAUCCAGAGGUUGGUGGGCCUUGCUACACACUCUACCUGGAGUAUCUGGGAGGACUCGUGCCCAUUCUCAAGGGGAGGCGCAUCAGCAAACUGCGGCCAGAGUUUGUCAUCAUGGACCCUCGGACAGACAGCAAAUCAGAUGAGAUCUAUGGGAACAGCUUGAUUUCUACUGUGAUUGAUAGCUGCAACUGCUCAGACUCCAGUGACAUUGAACUGAGUGACGACUGGGCUGCCAAAAAGUCUCCUAAAAUUUCCAGAGCUAGUAAAUCACCCAAACUCCCAAGGAUCAGCAUUGAGGCCAGAAAGUCACCCAAGCUGCCCCGGGCUGCUCAAGAGAUUUCUCGGUCUCCCCGAUUGCCCAUGCGCAAGCCCUCCAUGGGUUCACCCAGCCUGACUCGGAGAGAGUUUCCUUUUGAAGACAUCACUCAGCACAACUAUCUUGCUCAGGUCACAUCCAAUAUCUGGGGAACCAAGUUUAAGAUUGUGGGCUUGGCUGCCUUCCUACCAACCAACCUUGGUGCAGUGAUCUAUAAAACCAGCCUGCUGCAUCUCCAGCCUCGGCAGAUGACAAUUUAUCUCCCAGAAGUAAGGAAGAUUUCCAUGGACUAUAUUAAUCUACCUGUCUUCAACCCAAACGUUUUCAGUGAAGAUGAGGAUGAUUUACCAGUUCCAGGAGCAUCGGGCGUCCCUGAGAACAACCCACCUUGUACAGUGAACAUCCCCAUCGCACCAAUUCACAGCUCUGCUCAAGCUCUGUCUCCCACACAGAGCAUAGGGCUGGUGCAGUCCCUGCUGGCCAAUCAAAAUGUGCAGUUGGAUGUCUUGACCAAUCAGACAACAGCGGUAGGGUCAGUAGAGCAUGCGAGUGAUGCCACCCAAUACCCAGUCUCCAGUCGGUACUCUAAUCCUGGACAGGUGAUUUUCGGAGGUGUAGAAAUGGGCCGCAUCAUUCAGAAUCCUCCUCAGUUGCCUUUGCCACCACCGCCACCGCCACCACAGGGGCCUACGCAGCUGUCGGUAGUGGACCAUGGAGAGCGAGACCAUGAGCACCUGCAAAAGUCAGCCAAGGCCCUACGGCCAGUGCCUCAGCUGGCAGCAGAGGGGGAUGCAGUGGUUUUUGGUGCCCCCCAAGAGGUCCAGGUGGCAAAGAUGAAUCCCCCACCCCCCUACCCAGGAACUAUUCCUGCUGCCCCCACCACAGCAGCGCCCCCGCCCCCGCUGCCACCGCCACAGCCCCCAGUGGAUGUGUGUUUGAAGAAGGGUGACUUCUCACUCUACCCUACGGCAGCACAUUACCAGCCCCCCCUAGGCUAUGAGAGGAUUACCACCUUUGACAGCAGUGGCAAUGUGGAAGAGGUGUGCCGGCCUCGCACCCGGAUGCUCUGUUCACAGAACACCUACACUCUUCCUGGCCCAGGCAGUUCUGCCACCUUGAGACUCACAGGCACUGAGAAAAAGGUCCCCCAACCCUGCACCAGUGCCACUCUGAACCGCCUGACUGUCCCUCGAUACUCCAUUCCCACAGGAGACCCACCUCCAUACCCUGAAAUAGCUAGCCAGCUGGCCCAGGGGCGGAGUGCUACUCAAAGACUGGACAACAGUCUCAUCCAUGCCACCCUACGAAGGAACAACCGAGAGGUUGCACUUAAGAUGGCUCAGCUGACUGACAGCUCCCGUGCCCCUCUGCAGCCCCCGGCCAAGCCUAAGGGCGGCUCUGGUGGGGCAGUGGCUCAGCUCCCAGCAAGGCCUCCACCUGCCCUGUACACCUGCAGCCAGUGCAGUGGGGCAGGGCCCGGUCCACAGCCAGGUGCAGCCCCGGCCCACGCUAUCAGCCCCUCCCCCCUGGCCUCCCAGUCCUCCUACAACCUUCUCAGUCCUCCUGACAACUCUCGUGAUCGUACUGAUUAUGUCAACUCAGCCUUCACUGAGGACGAGGCCCUGUCUCAGCACUGUCAGCUCGAGAAGCCUCUGAGGCAUCCCCCACUUCCUGAAGCUACUGUCACUAUGAAGCGGCCUCCCCCUUACCAGUGGGACCCUGUGCUGGGUGAGGACGUUUGGGUUCCCCAGGAAAGGACAGCACAACCUGCAGUGCCCAACCCUUUAAAACUGUCCCCUCUGAUGCUAGGGCAAAGCCAGCACCUGGAUGUGGCUCGAGUGCCCUUUGUCUCUCCCAAGUCUCCGUCCAGCCCCACUGCCACCUUCCAGACAGGCUAUGGGAUGGGAAUGCCAUAUCCAGGCAGCUAUAACAACCCCUCUUUGCCUGGAGUGCAAGCUCCGUGCUCUCCUAAGGAUGCCCUGUCCCCAGCACAGUUUGCACAGCAGGAGCCUGCUGUCGUACUUCAGCCAGCGUACCAGCCCAGCCUUUCCUAUUGUACCUUGCCCCCCACAUACCCAGGAAGCAGCACAUGCUCCAGUUUACAGAUGCCGCCUAUCGCCUUGCACCCUUGGAGUUCCUACAGCACCUGCCCGCCCAUGCAAAAUCCCCAGGGCACUCUCCCCUCCAAGCCCCACUUAGUGGUGGAGAAGCCUCUUGUGUCCCCCCCACCUGCCGAGCUCCAAAGCCACUUGGGCACAGAGGUGAUGGUAGAGACUGCAGACAAUUUCCAAGAAGUCCUCUCUCUGACAGAAAGCCCUGUGCCCCAGAGAACAGAAAAAUUUGGAAAGAAGAACCGGAAGCGCCUGGAUAGCAGAGCAGAGGAAGGAAGUGUUCAGGCCAUCACUGAGGGCAAAGUCAAAAAGGAUGCUAGGACUCUGAGUGACUUUAAUUCUCUCAUCUCCAGCCCCCGCCUGGGGAGAGAGAAGAAGAAAGUGAAAAGUCAGAAAGACCAGCUAAAGUCAAAGAAGUUGAACAAGACAAACGAGUUCCAGGACAGCUCAGAAAGUGAGCCUGAGCUGUUCAUCAGUGGGGAUGAGCUGAUGAACCAGAGCCAGAGCAGCAAGAAGGGGUGGAAAAGCAAAAGGAGCCUUCGGACAGCCAGCGAGCUGGAGGAAUUCAAGUGCCGCAAAGCCAGUGAGAAGGAAGACGGGCGGCUGGGCAGCCAGGGCUUCGUGUAUGUGAUGGCCAACAAGCAGCCUCUGUGGAAUGAAGCUACACAGGUGUACCAGCUGGACUUUGGAGGAAGAGUGACCCAGGAGUCUGCCAAGAACUUCCAGAUCGAGUUGGAGGGGCGACAGGUGAUGCAGUUUGGACGGAUUGAUGGUAACGCAUACAUCCUAGACUUCCAGUACCCCUUCUCAGCUGUGCAGGCUUUUGCUGUUGCCCUCGCCAAUGUGACUCAGCGCCUCAAAUGAAGAGACAGAUGGAGGAGAAGACAUGCCAAGAGCCUUUGGAGGCAGAACUAACGCUGCUACCACCCAGGAGGACCAGAGACACUGGCAGGAGAAGCCAGCACGCUGGGAGGGUGCUGGUCUUUAGGCUGGUCCUUUGUUCAGUUAGCUUUUAUUGUCUCUUUUCUUGUUUUGAUAGCUCCAUAUUUGGAACCAGGAAUUUGAGGCAUCUUGUGUUCUUGAAGGUAGGAUAGCUUGGCUACAGAGUGUUUUUACUGAACUUACUUCUCAUGACUAGGACAAGGGCCUGUGGAAAGAAGACAGAUUGCCUUGAGUCUGCUCUUCUUUUAGACAUAGAGUGUGUCAGUGUUCAUUCUUCAUGUCUGGCCUGUUACCUUUACAACAUUAUGUUGUUGUUGUUUUUUUAACAUAACCCAAACUCUGGAAGAUUCAGCUUAUAUUGUGGGGGGGAGGACAGUGUUUAAUUCACACAUAUGUGCUGCUCAAUACCUGGAUGAAUGUACCUGGAUGAAUGCAGGACAUGUAUGCAAAUGCCUUGUGCUCUGCUGAUGUAAGCCACAGUAAAUGCUGUCACAGUAUGAAUGUGCUGUGGUAGGCUGUGGAGAGGAAGGGACUGCCAUGGAGACAGGCUCACAGCACUCUGCAGGCACCUGGCUGAGCUGCUGGUGUGGCUUGUGCAAGAGCUGUUCUCACCCAAGGGUAGUAGUUGAGAACCCCGUUUCAUGUGUCAGAAUUGCAUGGGGUCACUAGUGUGACCCAUCUUCUUUCAGAGAAGGUAAGAGAUUUCAGUGGGCCGAUCCAGGCUGGGCCAGAGCUUGGCUUAUAUCACAGCCAUUAGAUACCCCCACUUCACAAAAACACAGCCUUUGUUCUCCUACUCCUUUGUUUUCAUCUGGAGCAUCUUAUUGUAGUCAUCUUUCUUAUUAGACCUCAUUGCUCUGUCUUUUCUACAGUGUGAAUGCGACUACACGGUCCCUUCCCUUGGCCACAUUAGAGUUCAGUUGAGUCAAAGGCUUUCCACCAACUCGAAGUGUAAUAAAAAUAUUUGUGCAUUGCCCAGAGUGUUACAAGAUAAGGGUAUGCUCAGAUCUUUGGGGAAAACUCCACAGUAUGCUCUAAGGGACAAGAACUGUCUUUGGGUUUGUGGACUGUACUAAAAAAGGCGCCACUGGGAAAGCCUUGUUGAGACUGUCACUGGCUGUCUGUACUUCAUUCAUUCUGCCUGUAGUAUUUUUUCCCAGUUUCUUCAAAUGGGAACAUACCUUGGACAAAUACCUAAACUUGAUAGUAAGACACCGUUCUUGCUGUUGCUGUUACCUGUGAUGUUUAUUCUGAGAGCACAAGAACUGUCUACAGGCUUUGACUUCUAACUUUGGGUUUUAUAUGAAAGCUGACAAGUGGAAGAUGCUACAGGAAAUUCUUAAACAUUGGUGUGUGUGUGUGUGUGUGUGUGUGUGUGUGUGUGUGUGUGUUUCUUGUGUUUUGUUUAAGAAUUAGAAAAGAAACUGAUUUCUUUAGCUGAGCAAAAUUAAUUUGCUCUUUAUUCCUUUCCAAAUUCCAAAGACAUACUGACAAGAACAUUGCCCAGCCGAUACUGGAGUUUCCCAUUUUAUAAUUUAAGAUACAGGAGCUGAUUCCUGGGUGGGUCAGUUGUCCCAGGAAGAGUUGAACAGUAUAUUAGGAAUUACUGUGUUGGUUUACGCAAGUUUCUUGUAGCUUGAGAAGGUGUUUCAGUGCUUAUCGCUAGUUGUGCAAUACGAUUGUAGCCUUUCUGUUUAUGGAGUAAUUGAAAUGCAGUUGUCGUUGUUUUGCUGUCUAAGAGACAGUUAUUUAUCUUGCUCUUUAUAGUAUUCUUGGGAACUAUUUUGUUACUAUGUAUGGUGAUUUAUGCCCAUUUUAUUAUUUAUUUAGAAAAAUAGUACCUUUGUAAUGACUUAUUUGGUGGCAAUAUAUUUUGCUGCAAAAAAUAAAAAGAAUAUGACAGAAGGAUUUUUUUGCUGGGAUACUUUAUAACUUUCUUGAGAGUUGGGAGAAAAUCUUAUUAAUCCCUUAAAAAAUGAGUUCACUCUUUAUCUCACUAUUGAUCAUAUGCAAAAUAGGCUAUUUCUUUAAGAUAGCAUACCCUGAGGUAGUAUUUCUCUUUCUUUUGAAAAUUUUAGAUAAAAGUAAAAAAUGGUAGGACACAAGGAAGGUGAGACCUCUUCGAUAAGAACAGCAAAUAAUCUUCAAAUUUGGGUUUUUUGUUUUGUUUUGUUUUUUGUUAAAACUGGAUUUUUGCAAAAACUUCAAAAGUCAUACUUUACAACUUUGCUAACUAAGAACAGAUGUAGCAGAAAUCCUAAAUGGUACUUUCUGUCCAUGGGAAUACAGACUUCCUGUCUUGAAUAACGCUUGACCUGUGAGCUGCAGGAGCAUGUGCCAGAAGCACGUGCCACCCCUCGGGUUUCCUGUGAGCAGGAGGCCGCCUGCUGCAGCAGUUGUCACAGUGUCAUUUAAGGUAAUGGCUUCUUGUAAAAAUUGCCUCAUCCAGUCAGCAGGACUUAAUAAAACUCUCAAAUUAAGGCUUUAAGUAACAUAAUUCUAGGUACUUCGUGAUUAUUAAAAGCAAUUUGUGAAUGUCCUGAUGUCUCAUUAGAAUCCUAAAUUAAAAACAGUCAACUACAUAGGGGCUUUAUAGGAAAACAGUAUAUUAAACAUAAAAGCCAAUGUUAGGUUUGUUUGGCUCUAACAUCAUCAAAACAAAGGUCAUGUACACUACUCACUUGAAUGUAUAUCCUGAGAAAAACUGGGAUCAAUAAAGCUAGAAAUACUAAGAUCUCUAAUGGACAUAGAAAGUAAAAGCUUUUGUAUAUGGGUACUCUUCAUCCACAGCUCUGUGCUCUUGUGUAAUGCCCUUUCUGUAUUCAAAGGUCAGGGUCCCAAGGUUGAAUUGCUUUGUCAUGGGUGGGGCGUGACUUUGGGCAAGCCCCUGGGAUUAUCUGGCCUCUUUUGUCCAUCUCUUAAAUGAAAGGGACACCUAGGCAAGCUUGAAAACUCUGUUCUAGCUCCAGUACCUGAGAGCUCAGAAUUCAGGAGCUCAUCUUCCCCUUCACAGGGGUGAAAAUUCAUUUCAAAACAUGGUCUUUUUGUAGAAGAAAUAAGUUCUUUUCCUGAGUUUGUGAGCUGUCUCCUGUCUCCUGAGUGGAAACCAGCAUAUUACCGUGUCUUUAAAAGUUCUCCUAAAUGUGUUUGCAAUAAUGUUUAUUCUACUAAAAUUAUAGAAGCACCAAAUCAAGUACAGUGUAGUCCCCCAUGAGUGAGGUCUCCCCAGUGGACCCUUACGCAAAAUAAGGCACUAAAUGCACCUAAAACUGGGAGUGGGUUCAGAGAGAAAAGGAGUGGUCAAGGCUUGCCUCCUUUGGUGUGCUCAUGUGUAAGCGCUACACUGUUUUUCAAAUUCAAAAGGCUUUCUGUGGAAAGGGAACCCGUGUUGUCCUGUGUGCUGUGGACGGGUUGACAGCAUUAGUUGGGUUGGAACUGUCAUUUAAUUCCUGGGAAUUUAUGGUAGCAUACGGUUCAGAACUCUACACCUCUGUGUAUCUCCUUAUCCCUGGCUGAUAAACUGGAGGAUUGUGGCUUAUUUUGUUUCCUUUUUUUUUUUUUUUUUUUUUUUUUUUGGCUUGUGCAGUUUUCUUGUGACAUUAAUUGUAUCUAUAUUUUCUGUUUACAAGUUGAUUUUAAGGGAAAAGGUAGGAUUUUUAAGAUCUUGUUUAUUGUAGAUAAUUUUAUUCUCGUGUUGUGGAAAAGCAUGGGUUAUAUACAUUUGAGUGAAAAAGGCACUGUAUUAUUUACCAAAGGUGUAUUGUUUGCAUUUGUUUACAAAUGCAUUAUUUUAGUACUGUAAAUUUGGGCAUAAUUUCCGAGUUUACUACUAUGGCUACUGCUGGCAUCUUUCUCCUUCCUUCUCAUCUUUUUAUUCCCAUAAAUGUGCAAUGUGGGGUGCAAAGCUCACAGACCAAACAAGACCACCAGCAUGUUCGUGUCCACACUUUGGGAACAGCGUACACUGUUUCGUGCACAUCAGUCCCUCUGGUGUUGUUUUUUAUUCUUUCUUUUGUUUUAAUUCAGCAUCUUGCUUUGUUGAACUUUCCAGACAAGGUCUGUUGAGAGUCACCAUUGCAUCUCAAUGAGCUCUCUCUUAUUUGCUUAUCUUUGUAUGUAUUUUGUAUUCUAGACUGUGCAGAAAGUAUUCUAGAAGGGAUUGAUGCUUUGCAUUCAAAUGAUGUAGUUUGUCCAAAUUAUUUUGCCUUUAAAAUUGAGAUGGGUUAAUACCCAUUUUUUUCUUGAUGAUUUGAAAUUGUAAAAUUUGUCCAGCUAUUGCUUAAUAAAAUUUUGCAGAUCAAAA